AACGUCAGUAUCAACAAUGGUUUACGAAAUUCUGUGCUGGUGAUUUUGACCUCAACGGCGCUCCUCGAUCAAGGAGGCUCAUCAAGGUUGAUGACGACAAAAUAAAGGCAUUGAUCGAGUCAAACCCACGUUACACGAUACAAGAGAUAGCAGAAACAUUGAACAUCCAUCAUUCAAGCGUUCACGACCAUCUGAAAAAGUUGGGAUACAUAAGCAAGCUCGAUAUUUGGAUUCCUCAUGAACUCAAAGAAGUUUAUUUGAUGGCGCGUAUAAACAUUUACGAUAUGCUCAUUAAACGUGAGGAAAAUGAUCCUUUUUUGAAGCGACUGAUAACUGGUGACGAGAAGUGGAUUAUUUAUAACAAUGUGGUGCGCAAACGGUCUUGGUCCCGACGUGAUGAUUCGCUUCAAACGACAUCAAAAGCAAACAUUCAUCAGAGGAAGGUUAUGCUCUUAGUGUGGUGGGAUUUUAAAGGUGUCGUGUUUUUCGAGCUUCUACCAAGGAACCAAACAAUCAAUUCGAAUGUACUGUCGGCAAUUGGACAGUUUGAACGAAUCCAUCAUCUAGAAACAUCCAGAGGAAAGGAAUUGUGUUCCAUCAUAACAACGUGA